AUGGCGCGGCGGGGACGAACAUUUCAGGGUGCGAUGAAGCAGGGCCUCACAACUACGUCACCUAGAAGAAAAAAGCAGGGCCUGUCGGGUGCGGAGAAAGACGCCAGGAGAACGGCUGAGGAGCGCAGGAAGGCGCAGCUCGCAGGGACUGACGACGAAUCGUCGUCUCAAAGUGAAGACGAGGAACCGUCAACAGACGAUGGAGGCUCUUCCAGCUCGGAAGCGUCGAAUAACCAGCAAUCAGAAGACUCCUAUCCUGCAGCCCGAUCUACCACUACCGCCCACCACGCCAGGCAGCAACCGCCUUCGGCUCAAAAGGGGCCCUCCACAGGGUAUGGGGAAGCACUUGCAAAAGUCUAUGAUUAUGAACCCUCAGACGAAGAAGAUGAAUCGGAUGAGCCAAGCAGUCAAACAACACCAGCAACUCCUUCAGAUUCAGAUGAGCAGCAAGGCUCCUCUUCUUCCCUUGCCAAGGCAGGGAUAACAACCACUGAGAGCGGCGGAAGGCCUACGGCGGGGCAACUGCCGGCGUCAAACACCACUCAACCUUCGAAUCAAACCGGCCAAACGGGCACUGUAGUUGUGCCGGUCAAUCAGCCUCCUACAUCACAAACUGCUGAAGGUCACAUGCCCCCCCAUCCCACUUCCGUUAGCACCUUUGCCAGAAACGGUGCAGUCGUUCCAGGAAACGCCGCUGAUGGCAUUUCAGACGCGGAUUCUAUCAGCUCAGAGGGGGAUGAACUCAGGCAUUCAUUUCAUAGGGGCUCAUCAACCAGUUCAAGUGGAGAAGGAAAGCAGAAUGGACUCCCAGGGGAGAACAAGGAUUCCUUAUCGGACCUUGUCAAAUUGCUAGACUGCAUUGAGAUGCCUCUUGGCUACCACGAACUUGAUUCCCGAGUCGACGAGUUCUGCAAACGCAUCAGAAAGGAUGGAAUCAGAUACCCAAACCAUCCUACACAAACGGCCUGCAGGAAAGCUGCCAAGCAUGUUACCACUCAGAUCCGGCGUGUUUAUGACAAAUGCAGUAUCAGCAUUUACGAGUGCCUCACAGAUAUGUGGCUCUCACCCGUCAUACCAGGGUAUGAAUCGCUCGUCUCAGAGAAGAGGAGGCGAACUUCUGCUGUGAUUCCUGCUGCUGAAGCACAACAACGCUUUGAUAUUUUGAAACGCCUAAAGUUCUUACUGAUCCUAAUGCAACGGCAAAUUGUAGAACCGGCAAUGAUAGGAUUCCUCAUGAGCCUAUUUGACAUGAGCAAGUGUUCGGAGCGCUUUAGGCAGGAGCCGCGAUAUACCACACCUGAAGGCUCUACAAUUAGCGCAAAAAGGCUUUUCCAGGCGUUGCUGACAGAUGCUGUAGCGGCGGCGUUUACUCUUGAUGUGGAAAAAUGCAAGACACCGGAAGCCAUGCACACAGGCACCAAGGCUAACGUCCUAUGUGCGCAAUUCAUGCAAGAAGCGAAGGUGCGUGAAACUCUCCAACCCAUUAUCCGUCUAGUAGCAGAAAACGACAUCGAUGGUGCUAAACAGAGGGCGGCCACUUUCGCCCAAGAUCUCCAGCGAGCAAAAGAGGACUGGAAGAACGUAGAAACUGCACAAGCAUUUGGGAGAGUGCAUGCUGCACUGUCCGUCACCUUGACUUUUCCUCUAUCAAAUUGGAAAGGGAGGCUUGCGUCUUGGUUGGCCACCCUAAGCCCGCUGAGGAAAUUGCUUGGCAGAGUGUUGGGCGAAGUGACGGCUUAUAUCUUCCAGGAUAAUGAAGACGCAAGGGAUUUCGGCCUGCAAGUCGAGAGUGUAGAAGAGGAUCCAACAGUCACCGGCCCAGCGUUGUUGAAGUACGCCGAAGUGCAUGUAAUGCAGCUAGUAGCAGAAGCUCGAUUCUUCUGUCAAACAGGUUUUACGGGGCUUGGCAAGGCACUCGGAAGUGCACUGAAGACCGUCACGCGGAGCUUCGCGCGUGCACCAGUGAACGAAGGCCAACAAGGAAGCAAUGAACCAACCGUGUCUCCAUCCUCUCCUAUGUUUUCUGAGAUAUCAUCUUCAAUGCAUGUUUGGAACGGCUCCACUCACAAUCCAAUGACACUGGCGAGGCUCACACUGCAGGACUUCCUGCCUUCCUUUUUGUCCACGAAACGAAAGAAGCAUCAUCGUUUCUCAGGCUCAGCUUUGGCGUUGGUAGGCACUACAUCAGGAAUGAAGUUAAAGAAAGCUCUGAAGAACGUCGAAUACAACGGAAAGCGUAUAUUUGCAGACAGCCAAUUCCUUAAACGACGUUGGUGGAACGUCUUAGGGUGGAUCCUGAAAAGGCUACGGACGACGGAAAAGCUGGCUUUGCCUCUAGUCCUCCUAUUGGGGAUUCAUUUCUUCGUUAUCAGCAUUUCCUUUGCUGCUGUUGCAACAGUGGCGACGCAAGCGAUUGGCGCCUAUUGCGUUCUGGUGGUGGUGCUGAUGAUGCUGGACGCCCUGCAACUGGGCGCUGCGCUGAACCUAUCCUAA